AUGCCUAAGAUUUUAUCACUGAGCAUGCUGCCUAAUGUCAAGAAAAACCAGAUGUUGACUAAUCUGGCAUCAUCAGGACCUCUUGCCUGGUGCCUCUACUGUGAUGUGGUAUGCAUCAACUAUGAUGGCAACUUAUAUGAUGCAGCCCUAAUAGCACUCAUGGCAGCCUUACAAAAUGUGAAGUUACCUGCAGUCUCUUAUGAUGAGGAGAAUGAUAAAGCUUCUGUGGACAUAGAGAGAACUCUCCCCAUUACAUUAAAGGCCAGGCCAGUCGCUUCCACAUUUACGGUCUACAGUGACAGCAUACAGUUGAUGGACCCAACAGCAGAAGAUGAAACUCAGGAAGUGGGAAGUGACUGUGUUCUUCUGGAAAAUGCGCUGUGCACCACACACAAGCCUGGUCAACUCAUCUUGCCCAACAUCCUUGAACCAUUUGUUGAUCUUGCUAAACAGAGAGUUCAUGCUGUUAAUACUUUAAUUGGUAAAGAAAUCAAUGAGUGAACAAAUAUCUCAUAAUGUUCAGAGCCAUGUUUACUUGUUAUA